UUCUGCAGAUUUAAAAGGAAACCACUUCAAGGGAAAAAAAAUAAUUAUUUUGUUAAGAUUUAAGCCAGAAAGAAAAUGUCUGAUGGUGGAGUAAACCCACACUUGGAGGGGAUUAUUUCGGAUUUUGAAGCCCUUAAGAGGUCCUUUGAGGUGGAGGAUGUUGACACUUCCUCCCAUUCUUCGCCCGGCUCUCGCCGAGCCACCAACUCCCCUCUCCGCAACGCCAUGUCUCCCACCAGUAUCUACUACCGUGACCUUGGCAGCACAGCCCCCUCUACCAACAACAACAACCUCAACUAUUCCCAACCACGCUCCAUCAUGGGUGGCGGGGGUUCAAGGACCCCUGAGCCGGUGUCACGCCGUUCUGAACUCUCUAUUGACAUCUCCUCCUCUAGCAAGCAGGUGGAUAACGUCACCAGCCCUGCCUCUACGCGAUUCGUGAGCAACAGUGUACUGAAACGCCCUGAGGUCUUAGGGCACUCCAGGACCCCUGACAUGAGCCACAAGAGGGAGGUCACAUUUGCCAAGACCCUCACUGACUCCCCAGGGACCCGCCGCAAUGAGGGCAACAACAACAACGGGAUCAUCCGAGCUCCUGAGCAGAAUCACUCUCGCAAGUUCGAAUCGGCGAGUCUGUCAGACCCCCGUAAACCCGAAAUCAACAUCACCAAAGCUCCCCCAGAGAACAACGGGCACCACCCAGCCGUGCACCACCCUCACCACCCCAACCCUCAUCACAACACUAUUGUUACCACCUUUCGCUGCUCCUCCCCCAGCCAUGCUGGACGCAAGUCUCCUAAUCCUGACAGGUCAGAGGUCAGCCUGAGCCACAGCAACAUGUCUGAGUCCGCCAAGCCCCAUCAUCCCAUCCCCCCAGGCAAAGGGGAGAAGAGCCAUGCGGGGGACUUCAGCUACGUAGGCAUCGAUGCCAUCCUGGAGCAGAUGAGGAGGAAGGCCAUGAAGCAAGGCUUUGAGCUCAACCUAAUGGUUGUGGGGCAGAGCGGCCUGGGAAAGUCCACCCUGAUGAACACUCUGUUCAAAUCCAAGGUGAGCCGUAAUAAAUCGGUGCAGUCCGGCCCAGAGGAGAGGAUCCCCAAGACGGUCGAGAUUAAAUCCAUCAGUCACGAAUCCUGCAGUCUCAGACCUCUGGAUGUGGAGUUCAUGAGGCGUCUCAGCAAAGUGGUCAACAUCGUCCCUGUCAUCGCCAAAGCUGACACACUCACCCUGGAGGAGAGGGAAAGCUUUAAAGAAACGAUCAGGGAAGAACUGCGAGCCAAUGGGAUCGACGUCUACCCACAGAAAGAGUUUGAUGAAGAUGCAGAGGAUAGAAUGAUCAAUGACAAAAUCAGGGAGAUGAUCCCCUUUGCUGUGGUGGGCAGUGACCAGGAGUACCAGGUGAACGGGAAGAGGCUUCUGGGAAGGAAAACAAAGUGGGGCACCAUAGAAGUUGAGAACAUUGCACAUUGUGAGUUCGCCUACCUGCGGGAUCUCCUCAUCAGGACUCACAUGCAGAACAUCAAGGACAUCACAGGGAGCAUUCACUACGAGACGUAUCGCGUCCGUCGGCUAAACGAGUCCAACGGCCACGUCGUCUCCGAACCGUCUGACCACGCGCCGGUUCAGCCUAAGGCUCAGCUGGAGGAGCAGCCUGGCCCCCCCCAGACCAACGGCCUGGCUGCUCAACAUGAAGCCCUGUCCCAUGAGAUGUAGAGGUCAACGGUGGCACCGGGUUUUAACAUCAGACACACUCAGACACGCUCCGUUUACAUGAACAUCUCCAAAUUUAUACAAAACCCAGAACUUUCAUUUUCUUCCUCUCUUGGUUUCUUUCUUCCUUCCAUCGCUGUUCUGAGAUAAAACUCUUUGAUUCGACACAUCGUAACUUCAAAAUUACCCAUCAUGAAAGUAACAGUUUGAGUCUUGGGUGUUAGAUCCGUGGUGCUGCUGAAGGUGAAAUCCUUUCAGGGUUCAGAGGACCUCAGCCGAAACAGGAAUCCUUUUAAAAAUGAAGUACAGCAUGAACGCGCUGCGACCCACAAACAUUUCCGUGCCACUUGCCUGGUCUGUUUUGUGCUGUGGUGUAUAGUAAUGUAUAGUUACUGAGGUUAAUUAGGGCUAGGUUAGGAUAGAACGGACACCCCCGCACUGUGAAACCAAUCCUACAUGCAGCAGGAGUGCGGAGCAGCUCUUUCUGUUGCGUAGGACCUUCUGAAUUCCUCUUCUUUCCCAGACCAAUUCCACUAGUGUCGUUUCAUUCAACCGUGCAUCAUUUUGCAUUGCUUGUUUACUGUUGUAUUUUUAAGCCUUAUGUUCUAAUAUUAAUUGUAUAAGAUAAGGUGCAACCAUUUGUCCAAUGCAGUCUUUUCCUAUGUUGCUCUGCCAAAAGAAUAAGUUUUCUGUUGUUGGAAAGAGAAGCACAUACAGCAUAUAGAGCUGAUUUAUGAGUAGCUAUUUAUCUGUUGUUUGAUGUCAUGCUUAUAAUUCAACUUAACUCCACCUGUUGGCUUCCUGAAGUUAGUAGCCGGCCAUAAAUAGUAGAUAACCGUAGCUUUUAAACUGUUGUCACCAAUGUGUUUCCCAUCGCAUGUCUCUCAUAUUUGCCAGACUGUCCAUCCUGAAAUCAGUCAGUAAGUCGGAAAAAUUUGACUUUUUUUUUAUUUUUUUGUUUCAUCCAUGACAAAAAAAGAAAAAAAUGUGCCUAUAAAAUUUUCCAGUAAUUGAUUAAUUUGAUGCAAACAUGUUUCAACUGCAGCUAAAAUGUAUUUUUGAUGACUUUUAUUCUAAGGGAUGUUUUCUGGGCCAAAUUAACCUGCCGUCGCUCAGUCCGCUUUGUAAGACGGAGCAGAAAUAUUUUCCGUAAUAAAUGCAAACAGAAAUAUUUUAUCUUAAGAAAAAGUAACUAAAUUACUCUUUGUUUACUGUUGUAUAGUUCUUGUGUAAUUUGUCAUGCUAUUUCAGAUUGAGGUUUUAUCUUUGAUAUGUUAGCUCAAAGAAUAAAGAUCGAUAUUUUUACUG